UUUCUGAGAAAAUUCUGAAAAAAUCGAUAUUCACUUGUUUUUUUGUUUUUCUUUUGGAAACAAUAAUUGCAUUUGCAAUUGUUUCAAAUUGUUCUCCUUGUAAAUACACUCCGUUAACAGUUUUUUUUUUAAAUAACUUUUUUGAAUCGGAUAAGUAAUAAGAAAUUAGAAGAAAAUCUUAUACUUCCUGAAUUUAAUAUUUUCAUCAUGGCUACAUUUUUAUCAAGUCAAGCAUCUGACGAUCCAAUGGGUUCAGAAACUUUUGCAUCACUUUGGAUGGCACUUCAGAAUAGUUAUGAAGGAACCAAUAUUACAAGAACAGUCGCAAGACUUUUACACAUGUAUCAACCGGAAGAUGGUCUUGAGGCAUAUGAACGUCUUCUUCAAACACUUUAUGUACUUUUGGGUGACUUUGAUUCUAGAGGAUUUAAACUUUUAGUUUCAAUUAUUCCUCCACCGAAGGAGAUUCCAGAAGAUAUCGUUGAAGACAUCUUUGAGAAAGCUGUAGGAUUCACUAGAAUGACUACUUUACCCGAUAGUCGAUUUCUUGAUUUUGGAACCGACGAUGAUGAUUCAAGUAAUCAAAUAAUUAAUUUAGAGAAAAAUUCUUCAAAUAUCGAAGAUACAAUCGAAAAUUCGCAAUCUGAUUUUGAGAGUAAAAAUGAAAGCACGGAACAAAUUGAUGAAACUUGUGAGCUUCCAAGUACAUCGUCGGAUUAUAGAAUGAAAUUUAUAUCGACACCUUAUACGCUAAGGAAAAAUGCAAUUUGCCAAUCAACGCAUUUAUAUCAAGAAAAUUUUAAAAAUCAAAAUAUUGAAGAUGACGAAGAUGACUUUUGUAAAAUUGAGGAUAGUUUAGGUGUUUUCAAGAAGCCAGAAGUUGUUGAUGUGCCGAAAAAAAAAAUUUCAAGAAGAUCAAGAAAGAAAAGUCCAGAAAUAAAAAAUUCCGUCCAGUUGAAUAAUAAUCGUGAACAAAUUUUAUCGCAAGAGAAGCAGAAAAAAAUAAUUCCUUUUCAAAAUACAGUCGAUGAUGAAACGAAAAUUAGUAAACAAACGGAAAAACGUUUAAUACGAAAGUUACGUUAUUUGCAAAGGGCAAUUCAAGAAGAUAUCUUCAAAAUGGAUGUGGUGCAUGCAAAUAGUAAAGAAAUUGAAAUUAUUCCAAUACGAAGAAAAAAGCAAAAAUUUCUAGAACCCUCUGACUUUGAUAUUAAUAAUAAUCUGAGUCGAAGUAUUGAAAACUUUUUACACAGAAUUAAAGGAGAAGAAGAAACUCCGAAAGAAAAUAUUGAAAAAGUACAAAUUAUAACGCCAAGCAAUAAUGAUCCAAUUUCCGAUGAAACUGCCGCUUUUAUAGAUUGUUGGAAGAAAAUUAUAACAAAAUCAGUUUUAGGCAGGGAUCCUGAACCGUAUGAUUUGUGCUCGACAAAUAUGACAAAAGGAAAACCUAGCGUUGUCAGGAGAAAAGGAUCUGCAGUGAAAAAAGAAACUGAACGACGAAAAGUUAAUAGAAAAAAAACAAAUGUUGCAAAAAGAAAAAAAGUUGAUGUUUCUUUAAGUAAAAAUCAAAAAUCUGAAUGUAAAUCAGAAGAAAGAGAAAAUUCAUAUUCUGAUUCUUUAAACAUUACUGAACAAUUGAGUAAUUCUGAUUUAAAUAAUUUUGUUCUUGAGGAAUCUAAUUUAAGAUCUCGAUCUAAUUCAGAUAAUAUGAUAAAAAACGAAGAAUUAAUGGAUCAUCAACAAUAUUGUAAUUCUAUGUUGAACAUUCAUAAUACUGAGGAUCUAUCGGCUUCAAGUUCCAGGGAAUAUGAUUAUAAUCAAUAUUACUUUGAUUAUUUGCAACGGGAAUAUCAAUUACUGGAACAAAGACUUUCGAUGGGAAUACCCGUUUCUAAUGAACAAUUUUCGGUUCCUAAUCAUCAAUUCACGACAGAUUCUUGGACAAAAUCAAAGUCAAAAAAUUGGAAUUUUCCAUCUUUUAAACAAUCUCAAUGCCCUCAGCACCAUCGUCCGGUUCGUACGUCUGCUGUGAAUUCUCCAGUUUUCAACUUUGUACCUGAGGAGAAUGUUAGUAUUGAAAUAAUAGAUUGCGAAGAACACGAAUUCAAUCAACUUGCAAACGAUCCAAAUGUAGUGCAACAAAAUUUGGAAGACGUCUUUGUUGUCGUAAAGGAUUCUGAAAAUGUUAGUAUAAAUCCAAGUUCAAAUUAGUCUAUUAUUAAUUAAUUCUUAUUCAUAUUUAAUAAAUUAUCAUUAAUGAUUGAAUGAAAAAAAAAAUUUUUUUUUAAUUGUGACUGUACUAAAGAAAAAGUAUUAAUACGUUAUUUAAAUUAACAAAGCAAUGUAAAUAAUUUAAAUGUUAAUUAUCUAAAAUUAACAAGUAUGUUUAAAUUAACUUUAAAAAACAAAUUUUUCUGAAUAAUAGAAAAGUAAUUAAUUAAAUAAUUAAUUGAAAUAAUACACUGUCAUUUAUUACAUUACUAAUACUUAUUACAAUCCUAGAUGAACACGUAUUUUUAAUCUCAAUUAUUUAAUUUUACUAUAUUCAAAUUAAAAAUCGUAUCCUCAUUUUUUCAAGAUUCGAUUUUUGAUUUCGAUUAGAUAUUUACACACUAAUAUUUUGUAUCAAAAAGACAAUAAUGAAACUAUAUUAUUAUUAUUAUAUAUGUAACCAAUUUGAUAUCGCCCCACAACGGUUACAGAAGAUAAAAUGUGGAAGGAAAAUUAUUUUAAUUAAAGAUAUAAAUUAUUCAUUGACAAAUAUAUCUCGUAUUAAUUUAAGAAAAUCGUUGACUGAGAAAAUUGAAAAAUUGGAUUGUACAUUUAAUGCGAUAUGUAUACACUAAAAAAUAGACUUAACUUCACUAAUAUAAUAAUUAAUAUAAUAUAAUGA